AGAAAAAUAACAAAAUAAACCCCCCAAAAAAGCACUCUUGCAAAAAGCUCCGAAACAGGGCAAGCAAAAGCCACUUGAGAGCCAAUGGCUUCUUCAAGUUUUCUUCUAGAAUCCCCGGCGUCUAUCUUCUCUUCUUCCUCCAUUAAAGCUCCUCUCUAUCUCCCGAAACCCUACCCUUUUAUUGUUAGCGUGAAACGGCGCCGUCCCGAAAGGAAGCGAAAUCCUGUUUUAAAAUCGGCUGUUGGAGAUGUCUCCGUCGUUGACACCCCACCGCCGCCGCCGCCUCCACCUCAAGAUGCUAAAUCUGAACUCAUUUCUUCUUUGAAGCUUAAAUUACUGGGUAUUGUUUCUGGGCUGAAUAGAGGUCUUGCUGCGAACCAAGAUGAUCUCGGAAAAGCAGAUGAUGCCGCCAAGGAACUCGAAACGGUUGCUGGACCUGUGGACUUAUUGACCGAUCUUGAUAAGCUGCAAGGGAGAUGGAAACUGAUAUACAGCAGUGCAUUCUCGUCUCGUACACUCGGCGGGAGCCGUCCUGGACUUCCCACUGGAAGGUUGCUCCCCGUAACUCUCGGCCAGGUUUUUCAGAGAAUUGAUGUCAUAAGCAAAGAUUUUGAUAAUAUAGCAGAAAUUGAAUUGGGAGCUCCAUGGCCAUUGCCUCCACUUGAAGUUACUGCUACCUUAGCUCACAAAUUUGAAAUCAUAGGAUCUUCGAAGAUCAAAAUAACAUUCGAGAAAACGAGUGUGAAAACUAGAGGGACCUUUUCUCAGCUUCCGUCAUUGGAUGUACCUCGGAUUCCCGACGCUUUGAGGCCUCCAUCUAAUCCAGGGAGCGGCGACUUUGAUGUUACCUUCAUUGAUGCCGAUACCCGAAUCACCAGAGGAGAUAGAGGUGAGCUUAGGGUUUUUGUCAUCUCAUAAAUUAGUAAGCACAUCUAAUAUCAAAGCUCGUAUGCACUCUCAUUACUUCAUAUAUUGUCUGUAUGUGUAUAUAUCAUCGGGAGUGAUCCGUAACUUUUUGUAGAAUUAAUAUUUUAAUGUAAUUGCGAAUAUUAUGUAUGUAAAUUUUCGAAUCAAUUUAAUAGUUUAAUCGUGUCAAUAA